GAGAUGAGGGCCCCCUGAAGGGAGUGGGCUGAGGGCUUGUGGGAGUUCCUCUUCCUCCACAGAGCCCAGGAUGCUCCUCAGCUGAAGUGGCUCCCGAGCUCAUGGACCCCUCGGCCACUCCCGGGGCCCAGCCUGGAGUCCCCACUAACAGCGGGAAACCCUUCCACCUGCCUCCAGACUAUGAGGACGAGUUCCUUCGAUACCUGUGGCGCGAUUAUCUCUACCCAAAGCAGUACGAAUGGGUUCUCAUCGCUGCCUACGUGGCUGUGUUCCUCAUAGCCUUGGUGGGCAAUACCCUGGUCUGCCUGGCUGUGUGGCGCAACCACCACAUGAGGACGGUCACCAACUACUUCAUUGUCAACCUGUCCCUGGCGGAUGUGCUGGUGACUGCCAUCUGCCUGCCUGCCAGCCUGUUAGUAGACAUCACCGAAUCGUGGCUCUUCGGCCAUGCCUUGUGCAAAGUCAUCCCAUAUCUACAGGCCGUGUCGGUGUCAGUGGCAGUGUUGACUCUCAGCUUCAUCGCCCUGGACCGCUGGUAUGCCAUCUGCCACCCACUGUUGUUCAAGAGCACAGCUCGCCGUGCCCGUGGCUCCAUCCUGGGCAUCUGGGCUGUGUCGCUGGCUGUCAUGGUGCCCCAGGCUGCUGUCAUGGAGUGUAGCAGCGUGCUGCCUGAGCUAGCCAAUCGAACCCGGCUCUUCUCUGUCUGUGAUGAACACUGGGCAGAUGACUUCUACCCCAAGAUCUAUCACAGCUGCUUCUUCAUUGUCACCUACCUGGCCCCACUGAGCCUCAUGGCCAUGGCCUACUUCCAGAUCUUCCGCAAGCUCUGGGGCCGCCAGAUCCCUGGCACCACAUCGGCCUUGGUGCGGAACUGGAAGCGGCCCUCAGAGCAACUGGAGGCUCAGCACCAGGGCCUGGGUUCAGAGCCCCAACCCCGGGCCCGAGCCUUCCUGGCUGAGGUGAAGCAGAUGCGUGCUCGGAGGAAGACGGCUAAGAUGCUGAUGGUGGUUCUGCUGGUUUUUGCACUCUGUUAUCUGCCCAUCAGUGUCCUCAAUGUCCUUAAGAGAGUGUUCGGGAUGUUCCGCCAAGCCAGCGACCGGGAAACUGUCUAUGCCUGCUUCACCUUCUCCCACUGGCUGGUGUAUGCCAACAGCGCUGCCAACCCUAUUAUCUACAGCUUCCUCAGCGGCAAAUUUCGGGAGCAGUUUAAGGCCGCUUUCUCCUGCUGCCUGCCUGGUCUGGGUCCCCGCUCCUCUGCCAGACACAAGUCCUUGUCCCUACAGAGCCGCUGUUCUGUCUCCAAAGUCUCUGAGCACGUCGUGCUGGCCAGCGUCACCACAGUACUGUCCUGAGUGGGGGCCGGCCCCAGCUCUGGGAGGCACAGCCUGAUCCUUGGCCUGGGAUCCGCCCCUGCACUCAUGGAAAGACUGCUGCUGUUCAGUGAGAGGCUGUGACUUCAGUCCUGGCUUUCUGCUUGGGUGACUCGAGCCAGAGUCAUUCCCUCUCUGAGGCUGUGUCUGCUAAGCUGGGUUGAUAGGCGACUUAAGCGUGCUCAAGGAAGCAGAGAGCGUUGUAAACUGUCUAGUGCUGUGGACACGGUUACUGUCGUACCUGUCUCGUGUGGCUAUACCCUACAGUGCCACCCCACCCUUUCAGAGCUUGGCCUGCCUCCCAAAGACCUGUCUCCUACUCAAUUAUAGGCCUUCCCGGCUGGAGUCUGCUCCAAAGGUCCCCACAGGCAUAUCCACCUGGUCUGAAGCCCCGGCUGCACAUGGCCAGCUGCUCUGAUGUCCCUGUGAACUAAUUUGGGUUCAGCCCUUCUCAGUGGGCUCUGAAGCACAGUCCAUCCUCUCCAGGUGUGGACUGCACGCACCACAGCCUGGAUCUCACUGGCAUUGUGGAGUGCUUAAACACCCUCCAUGUGGCCGUUCAGCACGGAGGCCAGCAGCCCGAAGCAACUGUAAUUAAAAGCUUGGCACCGAAUGUUCUCUUUCCUUGUCAUUACACAAAAUCUGUGCCAGUCAGAUGGACUGACUGCAGGGCCUUGCUGCUUCUGGCAUUGCCCAGUCUCUGGUGCCCAGGACUCCGCUCUCUGACACACUCUCUGCUCCUUGCUUGUUGGCCUCUGGACUGGAAGGUAAGGCAGACAGUGGGUUGACAGACUUACUGUUCCUAACCUUGGAAAUCAGGGCUUCGUUUAUUUUCUAUGAACACACAGAAUACAAAGGGAGAGCCACGUAUUUGGCCAGCCAUGCUCCGGCUGCACCUGAGCUGAUUACAAGGCUGCCAAAAAGGCUCCAAUACUUGUUGUCAGAGCAGAACAAGAAUACCUUCUUGAGUGCCACUCUGCUACAAGGAGCAGGGGACACCUGGCUGAGGCCACCAGGGCACACAGGCAGGU